AAAAAAAACAUUUUUGUUGGUUGACGAAAACACCCCUAUGCAAAUGUCUGAAGUUUUCUUCUCUCUCACCUUCCCAAUCGCUCUCCUUGCAAGUUCAGCUGCUCCAAUCGCACCUAAUUCCUCUUCUCCUCUCUCUCUCUAUUCUGUAAAUUCUCCAUACUGAUUUCUUCAUUUAAUUCCGCCAUUGAUUGCAACUCUUCCCCACUCAACUUCUCCCAUUCUCGUUUCCCGGAAAAAUUGCAUAGUAAUUAUCAAUAACUGUCUUUUUUUUAAAGUGUGUGACUAUGUGUUUCUGUAACGGGCAGCUUUUGCUUCUUCUCCCCACUGUGUGACUGUGUGCGCUUUCAGUUUUUCUUUUUUUACACCCCCUAUUGUGUUGGCUGGAGAGUAAGCUAAAAGCCAUGCCGCUGGUUAGAGUGGAGGUGAGGAGUGAGUUCGGCCUCGGUGCUCCGGAAGUGUACACAAAUGCCAAUAAGGAGGAUCCUAAGGCCGUUCUCGAAGGCGUCGCCGUCGCCGGCCUUGUCGGGAUCUUACGCCAGCUUGGUGAUCUCGCUGAAUUUGCAGCAGAAGUAUUUCACGGCUUACAGGAGCAAGUGAUGAUAACUUCCUCCCGAAGCCAUAAGCUGAUGGAACGUGCGCAAAGAAUUGAGGCUGCCCUUCCUCCGCUUGAGAAGUUGGUUUUAUCACAAAGGAGCCAUUUGCACUUUGCCUACACUUCAGGAGCCAGUUGGCAUUCCCGUCUCAGGAGUGAACAAAACCAUUUCAUAUACAAUGACUUGCCAAGAUUCAUAAUGGAUUCCUAUGAACUUUGUCGAGGGCCUCCACAUCUGAACUUACUUGACAAAUUUGAUCCUGGUGGCCCUGGGUCUUGCCUGAAACGAUAUUCUGAUCCAUCAUUCUUCCGAAGAGCUUCAUCUAAGCAAGGUGAAGCACAUGUUGAUAAAAUCUUAAAGAACAAGAAAGGACGCAAAUUUAAGAAGAGAAGUUCCUUGCAGAAGACGGGGGUACAUUCACGUGCAGCAUCAUUCUCAACUGGGGUGCAUUCACGUGCAGCAUCAUUUUCAACUGCCAAUAGCAGAAUGCAGGUUUCUUCACCAAGAAUGGAUGGACGGAGGUUGCCGUUUCAAGCCUUCACUUCACAUAGUGAUAGAAAAAUGGACUUAGGAGAGCAAUCUGUGUAUUCGGGUUCAAGAUAUUGGUCAGGCGAUUUAGAUCAUCUAUCAAGCUACUCAAUGAAUAAUGGGGAACAAGAUUACAAUGAAUCCUACUCUUCUUCUGCAAGAAUGCCUCAUAAAAAUACAAAUGGUUGCGAUUUUGUAGAUGACAGAAGUUCAGUUUUGGAUGACAUGCGGAGUACUCCGUCUGUUGAGGAAGCUGGACCCUCUCCUUUUUGUGUCACCUCGGAUGGAAAGUCAGAGAUAUUGGAGACUGCGGCUAUGGAAUAUGACCAUGAGGAGCUGAGGGGAACAUUCUCUAUUGAUUUUGACUUCAACGGUGAGGAGAGUGGAGCCGCCAUUUUAACUUCCAAGGAACCUGACAAUCUUGAAAAUUUGGAGACUCUGGAAAUGACUUUUAAUGGAGAAGCUGAGGAUAAAGGAGCUCACGACCAUGAUUACACUGAAGAGACGCUUUCAACGAAAGCUGAGGACAAAGGAGCUAAUGACCAUGAUUACUCUGAAGAGACACUUUCAACAAAUUUCGACUUGGCAACUCAGGGCAUUGGAGCCGCUAAUUCCGGAGCAGCCCUGGAUUAUAAUCUUGAUCAGGGUUUCGAAAAUAUUUCUCCAAAUUUUUACCUAGAAACCCAGGAUGGGAAAGUUACUCAUGUGGAAAGUGUUGACCUAGAUUUUCUUGAUGGUGAUGAGCUCUCAAUGCCACUCUCUAGCAAUAAUCUGUUAGAAGGUUCUGAAAGUGCUGAUAUGAGUUCCCAGCGAAAAGUUGAAAGUUUAUUGCUGACUGGAGAUGAUCAUCAUCAUGAAGUUGAAAGCGAGGCAGAGAAUUAUGUGGAUGCGCUGAAUUCCAUUGAGUCAGAGUAUGAUACUGAUGUAGAUGGCCAAACCAAGCAAGAAGAGGAACAACCUGAUUUUGAUAAGAAUGUAGUUGAUAGUGGAUUAGAUAUCUUUACGAGUGUGUCCAUGAGUCAUUCCUCUAAUUAUGAAACUCGUAACAUUACUAGUACUUCACAUAAUGACGAGCCAGAGCUUCCUGAAACUUCUUCUGGAGAGGGGGAAAAGGCUGAGGUUAUAUCCAACUUAUUACCCUUGGAAUUGCCUGGCUCCAUACAUUCUCCUCAAAUUUCUAGCAAUCAUCUGGAUUCAGGCAGUACACAGGAAGUUGGUUCAUGUGAUACUGUUGAAAGUCUGCUUAACUCAAAGGAUACUACAAGUAAUUCUCAUGAUAUUGGUGCAUCGGGGUUGCCUGAAACUUGUCAUGGAGAGAAACAAAGUUCUGAGAUUUUAUCCAACUCGUCAUCCUUGGAAUUUUCUGGCUUCAUACAAUCUCCUCAAAUUGCUAGUCAUAGUUUGGAUUCAGGCCAUAUACAGGAUGUUGGUUUAUGUGCAAAUGUUGAUGGGCCGAUCUCUACAGACAAUUCUGUCAUUACUAGAAUUCCCUCUGGCCCUGCAGAGUCGCUUUCAGGUGUUCCAGAUGGUGAUAGAACAACAAGCAGUAACUCAGAGCUGGAUAAUGCUUCUCCUCAACAUUCUAUUGUUACUCCAGUUAAGUUGUGGACAAAUGGUGGUUUACUUGGGCUGGAGCCAUCAAAACCUCCGGAUUUCAGUUUGUUAAAUGUAUCAACUCAGGUUUCUCAAAAGGAUAAUAAUUACAUGAUUGGUCCUUCUACAGCAGAAUCAAAAAUGACGGAGAAGAGCUGCAGUGGUGUUGAGGGGAAAGGUAUUGCCAACUUCUCUACAUCAUCCCAAGAUGAUAGGAAAGGUGGAAUUUUCAUGAAAAAGGCAUCAUGGUUAUUUUCGUCAGCUGAUUUAGGUGCUAAUCUGCAAAAGCUGAGUGAUCCUUCUGCUCCCAGUUAUGCUGAUACUUGGCAAAAAAAUGGUAAAAGUGAAACACAUGGAUCUGUUCAGCCUGUUACGCCAGAUAUCCACUCUCCUCGAAACAGUCAAGAAAAUAGUAGCAAUUCCUCCCGAAUGUUGGAGUUGGGAAACAGACUGUUUAUGAAUGGAUUUCACCGGAAACCAUCUCUAGACAGGGAUGAUAAUUUCACUUCCACCAGUUCUAAUGCUGGAGUUUUUGAGAAGGAUAUUGGCCAAAAAGUUGACAACCAGAUUCCCUCUGAAAGAAGUAAAAACAUGUUGAGAAGUAGAUCGCCAUUUGUUUCUCCUCCAUCAUCGCCCCCUCUUGGACAUAUGAAAAUCUCUUUCCACCCUGUAAAUGGUUAUGAAGCACAACUUCAGUUGAAGUUUUCUGAUGGGACUGUUAGUCGCGAAAGUGACAAAGAUACUUUUCCUUCAUUUCAGCUUGUUCCCGAGCCUACAGUUCCAUUGCGUGAUGCUGUUUCAGAUUCUGAGGACGAUACGUUCUGUAGAUCCUCGGCCUAUGGGUCGGAUUGUCUUAGUUAUCAGUCUGAUUUGAAUUCUGAGCUGUGGGAAUCUGAUGCUUCUCCAAGUACUAAUAAUCACGAGUUAUAUGAUUCUCUACACGGCAUUUCAUUCAGUGAAUCGGCUAUAACGUCCUGGAAUACUGAAACAUUGGUCCAGGGAGAUGUCAAUAACAACUACAGAACUCAAAAUUCUUUGUCCAGAGGCAAUGUGGAAUAUUCCCAAUCUGAUCAUAUUUAUGAUCUCCCAAGUUUGGACUUACUGCAGAUUUCAGUCAUGGAAAGGAAAAGCCAUGAGCUUAAAAAUCAUGUUGAACCACUAUGUGCUAAAGAGGCUGCACCCUCACCUCCACCUCUUCCUCUACCUCAAUGGCAAGCUAGAAAACCGCUAUUAGAGUCGGAAGAGAACAUCCAAUUUGUUGUAACUGAGAACACAAACAGUUCUUUUGAUGGGAAGUUUGGAUCCGCCAUUAGUCAACAACCAAAGCCAGCUCCUGUUACACAAGAACAUAUUAUUGAGGCCUCCCAGACAUUCAAAAGCAAGAAGACCGAAUCACAGAGAGCGAGUAGGCAAAAAGAGGUCAAUCAAGCAGUGUAUCAAAAGGACCUAGAAGAGAAGGACGACUUUUUGCAUCAGAUCAGAACCAAAUCCUUUAAUCUAAGACGAACUUCGACAGCUAAGCCAGCAGCUGCAGCAGUUCCUCUAACCAGUGUCCAGGUCACUGCAUUACUGAAGAAGGCAAACGAGAUUCGCCAGGCAGUUGGAAGUGACGGGGAAGAUGACGCGUGGAGUGACGCCUGAGUUCUUCGAAGGCGUGAUUCUGUCUAAUCAUAGUCAUAUGAAGAGGUAGGUGAGGUUGUACUGUAUUUAUCGGUCCAUGUGAAUCUACUUAGAGAAGCUUGCCCUCUUUGUAAUCAGUCUAGGUUCUUGUAUCUUGAUGAUUGUUUUGUUUAAGUUAAUGGUCUCUUGAUAUCCUUGAUAUUGUUAAGGUCGUAUAGGUUAGGUAAAGCAUCUCUAGAAUUGUGGUCCUUUAUCAGGGUAAUUGCACAGAGGUAGUAAACACUAGGGUCAAGGAUUCUUCAAUAAUGACUGUCACGUCCAAAAAUUAAUACUUUUUUCCGUCUCAAAGUUACUGUCAUAUUUGUUAUAUCAAAACAGGACAAUCAUUUAGAGACAAAAAGAGUAAGUUACUGCAAAUGAUCUUGCAUUCAUAGCAAAAAAAUGCUAAAUUUCAAUGUAUGCCUGUAUGGAAGCAGCACUCUUUACUAUCCCCAUAAAUAAAGGAAUGCAAAAACAUGAGACAAAAGCAUAACUUGGCAGAAAACCUGAUCCUGAAAAGCUUAUCUGUGAUUUCCAACUCUACAGGAUAAAUUCCACAUUUUAAUCUAUAGUAGUCACUCUGUCUUAAAAAAAAAAUAAUAAAAAAAUAAUCCACCAUAUGACUUGUGAAUUGUGCUAUUGAAAAUACAAAACACAAAUUGUAAUGAG